AUGAUGGAAAGAAUAAGAAAAGAGAUGAUUCUGAUGGAAAGAGGGCUGCACAGCCCUACAUCUGGCAAAAGGUUUUCGAAUUUGUCCGACUCAGCUGGAAAUGCGGUGCUGGAGGCCCUUGAAAAUUCGCAGCACGGUGGUCGCCUCAGCCCGAGACUGACUUCCGCCUCCCUGCAUAGCGCUAUAGGGGACAUCCCUGCCAAAGGGAAAUUCGAAAUAGACACUUUAUUCAACCUGCAACACCCGAGCAGCGAAAGCACCGUCUCUUCUGAAAUCCCUCCGGCAGAAAGCAGGAAGAAAACGGGCCAUUAUUCCGAAGUUGCUCCAGAGGCAGAUAUGAACAGUGAUGUGGAAGUGGGCUGCUCCGCUCUCCGCUCUCCAGCCAGCCUCAGUGCCUCCCAGUUGAAGGAAAACAAUAACAAAGGAUAUUCGGAGAGCAGCUCAGCUGCUACUACUACCCCUUCUUCAGGUUCCGGCUUAACCAACCUGCACAGCAGCAAUGCCCUUGGUAGUUCGGGCUCCGGGGCCGAUCAGGUGAGACGCUACCGCACUGCCUUCACCCGGGAGCAGAUCGCCCGCCUGGAAAAGGAGUUCUACCGCGAGAACUAUGUCUCUCGGCCCAGAAGAUGCGAACUGGCCGCAGCGCUCAACCUGCCGGAAACCACAAUAAAGGUGUGGUUCCAGAACCGACGGAUGAAGGACAAAAGACAGCGCCUGGCCAUGUCGUGGCCCCACCCGGCCGACCCCAGCUUCUACACUUACAUGAUGACGCACGCGGCCGCUACCGGAAGCCUGCCCUAUCCCUUCCACUCGCACGUGCCACUCCACUACUACCCCCACGUGGGUGUCACGGCCGCGGCCGCCGCGGCCGCGGCCUCGGGAGCUGCGGCCGCGGCCUCAUCACCUUUCGCCACCUCCAUCCGCCCCCUGGACACCUUCCGCGCCCUCUCUCACCCUUAUUCACGGCCCGAGCUGCUCUGCAGCUUCCGCCACCCGGGCCUCUACCAGUCUCCGGCGGCGGCCGCCGGGCUUAACAGUGCGGCCUCGGCCGCGGCAGCAGCAGCGGCGGCGGCCGCUGCGGCCUCCUCCGCGGCGGCGGCCGGAGCGCCCCCCAGCGGCGGCUCCGCGCCCUGCUCUUGCCUCAGCUGUCAUAGCAGCCAAUCGGCGGCCGCAGCUGCAGCGGCGGCGGCCGCGGCCCUGGGCUCCCGGGGAGGCGGUGGAGGGGGCGGUGGAAGCGGCUCGGACUUCGCCUGCAGCGCCGCUUCGCAGCGGUCCGAGAGUAGUUUCCUGCCCUACUCGGCCGCAGUGCUCAGCAAGACUGCGGUCAGCCCCCCGGACCAGAGGGAGGAGGCCCCGCUCACCAGAUAA